AUGGAAGGAUCCAGCGGCUCCAGUUUUGGAAUAGACACUAUAUUGUCCAACGGUUCCAGCAGCCCGGUGCUGGGGAACAGUGAUUUCCGUCACGGUGACACCAGGACUUCGGAUUUCCGAAAUCAAACCUCGCCGUCCCCGAGCUCAGAGAUCGACACAGUGGGCACGGUCCCCCUCUCGCCGAUUUCCAUGGAGCAACCAGAGGCACAUCUCAGCGCCGAGAGCCAGCGCCAUCAACAACACCAGCAGCAGCAAAGUUUGCAGCCGCCUCCUUUACCACCACAACAGCAGCAGCAACUGGCAGGAGGCAGCUCUGUCCCCAGGACUUCCACAUCUUCUUUCUUAAUUAAAGACAUUCUGGGAGACAGCAAACCGCUGGCAGCGUGCGCCCCUUACAGCACCAGCGUCUGCUCACCCCACACUCCCAAACCAGAGGGUGAGCCUUUCAGGCAAAAGACGGAACCCGAAGAGGGUAAAAACCGGGACAAGCUAGACAAGCGAGAUGACGCUCAAAGCGACAGCCAUAAAUGCAACGGAACAAAAGAAGAAGGCGACCGAGAAAUAACGAGUAGCCGAGAAAGUCCGCCCGUGCGGGCGAAGAAGCCUCGGAAAGCGCGGACUGCGUUCUCUGAUCAUCAGCUUAAUCAGUUGGAGCGCAGCUUCGAGCGGCAGAAGUACCUGAGUGUGCAGGACCGCAUGGAUUUGGCAGCGGCUCUGAACCUGACAGACACCCAGGUCAAAACCUGGUACCAGAACAGGAGGACGAAAUGGAAGCGGCAAACAGCUGUGGGACUGGAGCUCCUAGCAGAGGCCGGAAACUACUCCGCUUUGCAGAGAAUGUUCCCAUCUCCGUAUUUCUACCACCCUAGCCUGCUAACUAACAUGGACACAACGGCGGCGGCGGCAAUGUACAUGUACCGGACUCCACCGCCUCAUCCCGGGCUGCAGCGGCCGCUUGUGCCCAGGGUCCUGAUCCACGGGCUGGGACCGGCAGGACAGCCCGCACUCAACCCCUUGCCCAACCCUAUCCCCGGAACACCACACCCCCGGUGA